AAAGGCAUUUGAUUCCAUUCGAAGCAUUUGGCUCCAUUCAGACGAUUUGGAAAAAUUAAGUCCAGCUUUGUGUGCCAGCAUUACUUACGUUAACGUGUGUACAAGGAUCGUUGCAUUUUAUUGUUAUCGAGAAAGAUAUAAUCAAAUAUUAACAAACGCUAAAUUUGCAUUGAAAAGGGUUUUGGCAACAAGUUUACCAAAAGAGAUUCAAAUAUACAACAGUUACAUUAAAUAUAUCACCACAAUGAACUACACCAUUAUUGGGCCAUUCAUAGUAGCAGGUCUUUUGGUUUGUAGCGAAGGAGUGUACUUUAUUAUCCACCAGUCACAACAGUGGACGCUACAGCAACAGGAAGAAAAUUCGACAAAGGCAAAAGGAAUGAACCACUUGUUCGUUUUGUACUGUACGGGCAGCUUGAGUGAAAACUUCUUUUUCACCUUUAUUUUACCAUACUAUAUGGUACUCAUUGGGGGAUAUUCUUUGUUCACUUGGCAAACUUUCAAUGUGGCCAUAAUGCGAUAUAUUUCUUUUCGUAUAGAUGUAGUCAAAUUCAGGCUUGAAAACAUAUCAAAAUACGCGGGCAACUUAUUAAAGGAAUUACAUCCCAAUAAAAAUCGAAAACUUGCCCCGUCCCAUCCUAUACUUUUGAAGUAUGUUCUUGUCAGUUGCGUGGAAGAUCUGACUGAAAUUAAAUGUUUCGCCGGCGAUUACGAAUAUGUUUCAAACGUAACUGUUUUCAUUGAAUCUUCAACGACAAGCGCUUUACUGUGCGGGCAAUUAUAUAUCAUGACCAAGGAUUGCACUGGAAUAUAUGCGCUCUGGAGUGUUGUCACUAUCGGAAUGCUCUGGAAUUAUUAUUGGCAUGCUAACGAAAUAUUGUAUAAAAGCCACGAAAUAACCAAUGCGUUAUACUCGUUCAACUGGUACGCAGUGCCACCUUCCCUUCAAAAGGAUAUUGCUAUAUUUAUGGGGGCGUCGAUGAGAUCAAUAAUUAUGAAGAGCGGUUUCAUAUAUGUGAAUAUGCAUUCGUUUUUUAAAAUAUUGACUACUUCUUAUAGAUACUUCACACUGCUUCGAAAUUUUGCAAAAUAAUUUUAGAAACUUGGACUAAGCCGCAUCUUUAUAAACUUUCAAUAGCUGAUACUGG